CGAGCACCGCUCCUGCCCCCGCGGUUCCUAGCCUCUUGAGAUAGAAGUGGGAGAAAUGCACUCCCGCUCGCUGUUAGAAUAAUCAGCAGGUCGACGUUUGGCCUUCCCAACUCUCUGAGUUGGCGAUUAUAGACCAUGGCUCGUCCUGCUAUUCGUUUCACCCCUUUUGGAGCAAGGGUUGUAAUGUCCUUGUGCAUAGCUAUCCCCACAAUUGCCUUUUUUGCACGCCUGCGGACUGUGGAGGAUGUUCGUCGACCCUAUCCAACGUCAGGCAUGUUGGAAGAGACCCCUGCCUCGUCAUCUGCCCUUGGAUCGCUGAUUGCUGGCCGGCUCGUGUAUUCACCCAGUCAAGAAAUUGCCCGCCUUAUUGUGUCAAUCUUCUUGAGUUUCUCUUUGCAGUUUUGGAACUUGCAGCAGUUUUAUAAAGGCGAAAGAACGGAGGACUCCCUAGGGGCAGGAGCUUGCUGCUGCGAUCCACUUUUUCAGAGAGCAGGAAGUCAGGUCGCGCACGGCAAGAUGGCCAAAGAGUCUUUCGAUUUCGCGGCAAGGAGUGGAGGUGGAGGAGGAGGAGGAGGAGGAGGAGGAGGAGUUGAUAAGAAUGGCAUGCCGGUCGAGAAGGCGAUGCCUCGAAAACGUAUGUACCGCGCUCGGGCCCAUAGCAACCCUCUCAGCGAUUCCCAGUUUCCGGUGCCUUUGUCUCCGGCGGAGGUAGAUUGGUCGGAACAUUUUCCGUCCUUCUUCUCAAAGGUACCGGGAGCUGGCCUAGAAGGACCGAACCAGGAGAAGAGCAACAACGAAGGUGGCGAGGCAUCAAAACCGAAGGCUGGGAUGCGAGAUGUCGUCGUCGUAGGAACCGACGGUCAGCCUCCACCUGCUGUGCGAUUCGCAGACAUUGGCUGCGGAUUUGGCGGGCUUCUUGUCAAGUUGUCGCCCAUGUUUCCGGACACGCUAAUGGUCGGGAUGGAGCUUCGGGACAAGGUCACAGAGUACGUGAAGGAGCGGAUCGCCGCCCUCAGGGUGCAGAAUCCGGGAAGGUUCGACAACAUCUCGGUGAUCAGAACGAAUGCGAUGAAGUACCUGCCCAACUAUUUCCGGAAAGGGCAACUCACGAAGAUGUUCUUUCUGUUUCCUGAUCCUCAUUUCAAAGAGAAGAACCAUCGCCGCCGCAUCGUCAAUCAAGGGCUGCUAGCGGAGUAUGCCUAUGUGAUGAAGGAGGGAGGGUUGCUUUAUACGGUGACGGACGUGGAAGAGCUGGGCGAUUGGAUGAAGAGGAAUCUGGAUGCACAUCCCUUGUUCGAGAGGCUUUCCGAUGAAGAGGUAGCGAACGACAAUGUAGCAGUUUUGCUGAAAAAUGUGACAGAGGAAGGGCAAAAGGUGGAGAGAAAUGAGGGGCAGACAUUUCAUGCUGUGCACAGGCGGAUACGAGCAGAGCCGCUGGCUUAGCCUCUGGCAGCACAUAGGGGUAUUUUUUUAACUCUUACGCAAAUUCCAUAAACCCCUG